UAUGAUAGAGAUUAUAUUUAGCUAAUUUUCUAGUGUAAAGGAAUACAUUUGACCCUUUUUCCUUCAUUUAAUUUUUGCUGAAAAAAGAGUUGCUUGUGGGAUGUGUUAAACAUUUAGAUAAACAUUAGGUUAAGGCAAAACAUAAUUUGACAAGUAGUUUCGAGUCCCUUUCGCUUGUGCUCCAAAACCCUAACUCUAAAACCCUGUGCAGAAGUGCCGAUAACUUUGGUGAAUAGACAUGUCGGGAAGAGGAGAAGAUAGUGAUUCCGAUGCCCCCGAAGAACUUACUUCAGUACAGGGAAUUCAAAAGCAUGAGGAGAUUAGAAAAGUUGAAAGAGACAAUAAGGCUAGAGUUGUUCGAGAAGGGAAGGAACGUCGUAGAAAAUGGGCUCAAAAUUUAACUCCACGACCUACACAAAAUGAUGAAAGCAUUGAAGACACAAAAGAAUCUGAUAAUGCCCAGGAUUCAAUGGACAAUAGAGGAAUGCUACCUGAUGAGAUUGUGAAAAUCCUUGCAGCUCGUGAGAAGAAGGUUUUCUCGUCAGAUUCGGAGGAAGAACAUGAGAAGAAGCCUGCCUCUAAAAAGAAAAAAUCCAAGAGCUCUGGGUCUGGACCAGUUAUUUUGAAGGAUCUACCACCUCCUCCAUGCUUAGAGAACUCACUGGACUUCUUAAAGAAACGCAAGAUGCAGGUGUCAAGAUCAUCAGCUGUUCUGAACAAUUCCAGUCAAGCAUUGCGACUUCUGUCUACAUCUGGCCUGCUACGUAAAUGAUGGCUGAUGAUUUUUUAUUUUAGCUCAAGCAGAUGCUAAUGUUGUAUUGCUUGCUUCAAUGAGAAAAAUGCCGUGGUAAAGGCGUUAAAUGGGGGUGCCAGUUUUGGACACCGGAUGGGUAAAACCAAAAAAAGGGUUUAACCAAUAUAACAUUUUUCGAUGGUAUAUUGCAAUUGAAUCAAUACUUGUGUGUAACAGCUGCUGUACUGCUGUAACAGCAGCUCUGUCAAACUGCAGCUCUCACCUCAAUCAAGUGAUGAAUCGUUAAGUGGUUGCACAAGAUUA